CUAGGGGCAUUUGAGUCCAAAACAAAAAAACAAGUUCCCACCCUUUUUCUGCAAAUCACAAGGUUCUGCUGUUGUUGUUGAAGAAAACCCUUGGCAAUGGCAGUGACGGCAAAUUCAGAAACCUCAAGAAUCCACAGAUUCCCACAAUACAAAUACAUCGACGCAGUUCGUUGGCUUCCUCUGGUUUCAGCAUUCGAUCGCUUCGCAGUUCUCGCUUCCUUCGACUUCGAUUCCGAUGCUUCUUCCAUCGAAAUCCACUCUUUCAAACCAAACCCUCUUUCCUUCGAACCCCAAUCUUCAUGGACUCCACCUUCUCGCGUUUCCUCCCUCAAGGCCGCGCAGUUCCUUCAGAAGACCGUCAUCGCCGCCUCAACCUCCUCCGGCUCCCUCCACUUCCUGUUCUCCGAUCCCGCCGACGCCACGCUGGAAUCGGAGGUUUCGGUGGCCGAGGGGAAGCUUCACUCGGUGCCUAAGUCUUGUGUUGAUUUGAUGGAUGGUGGGGUGGAGUGUGUGACGGCUGGUGAAGAUGGGAGGGUGAACUUGGUGACAGUUGGGAACUCUAACUUGAAUUACCGGCGGUUGUUUGAUAGCGGUGGGUUGGUGUCGUACACGGCGGUGAAGUGGGCGUCGCCUACGGAGUUCGCUACCGGUGGUUAUGGGUUUGGUCUUCAAUGGUGGGAUCAGAGGAAGCCGGGUGGACCGGUUUCUCAGUUUAAGGGUAACUGGGAUAAAAAAUUGACUGCUGGAAUUGUACACUCUAUUGACAUUCAUCCAUCAAGGAAGCACACUUGCCUGGCUGGUGGCUCCUUAGGCACUGUUUUUGCGUGGGAUCUUAGGUGGCAACAACAACCGAUUGUACUUGCGGGAUCAGCAGCAGGGGCUGGGGCUGUGGACACUACAGUGCAGUCAAUAUCUGAAAGUGAGGUUUGGGAGGUGCAGUAUGAUCGCUGCAUUAAAUCAAACGCUUCAUCUACCCGGAUCUUACCUGCCAUGAUCUGUUCAGAGGAUGGAAUUCUUGCUGUGGCUGAGCAAGGUGAGGAACCUAUUGAGCUGCUGGCAGAACCUUGCGCCAUCAAUAGCUUUGAUAUUGAUCGUCAUAAUCCAUCGGAUGUAAUAUGUAGUUUAGAGUGGGAAGCAGUAGCAAUAGUGACAAGGUAAUAACAUUCAGAGUGAUACUCUUUGGUGGCUUGAAAUCAGAAAGGGACACACUUGGUGGCUGAUGGAAGAAGUGGAGCUUUUCAGAGGCUAUUAUGCUUAUUCAGGCUCCAAUAUUCUAUUCCUUUUGUAAAGCCAUUUGUAUGCAAAUGGAUUUUGGGAUUGUACAAUAUGCAGCAUGUGUGAAAGAGACUUAAAAGAGGCACAUUGGAUGAAUAGUUGAAUACCACCACCAGUUUUACCGAUGAAUGUAUUAUUCCUUGGCAGUAAAUGGUGGUCGGAAUUGUAUCCUGGAUGUCAUUGUAUCUGUUAACUACUUGAUUGUCAUGCUGGAACCUGAUCCUGUCUAACAAUUUUACUGUGCCUUCGAUGCUGUGUUCUACAGAAGUCAAGAAAAUAUUCUGAAAUUCUGAAAAACUAAUUCUAUGCAA